GCCACGUCAACAUCGAUCACUCCCAGUAAACAGCAAACAUGAGUACGACAGCAGAAUUCCACGUAGCCAUCGUCGGAGGCGGGCUAGGCGGUAUCUGUCUCGGUCUCGCCUUACAGCAUCGCAAUAUCCCCUUCACGAUCUAUGAAUCUCGUGCUGAAUUCAGUGAGAUUGGAGCCGGAAUAGUCAUGGCCGCUCACGCCGUCCGGGCUCUCCAGCUCUGCGAACCGUCGUUGGCUGAGAAGUUUCAUGCCUUGGUUGGAAACAACGAUGCAGCUCCAGCAAGCCUAUCAGUCCGGAACGAGCUGCGUUAUGGAGUCUCGCGGCAUCGACACGAGGACAGCGAGGUGAUUCACCAAGUUGUAAGGUCUCGCACAGGGGCCAGAACCGUGCAUAGGAAUGAGUUGAUGACCAUGCUGGCGAAAGAUUCGGAAGCAGGAUGUGCGCAAUUCAACAAACGACUGACAAGUUACGAGCACAAAGAUGGUCGUGUGGAGCUGAAAUUUGCCGAUGGCACAGCAGCGUCGGCCAACCUGCUGGUGGCGAUGGACGGGAUCCACUCGAGCGUGCGAACUUGCAUGUUUGGCGCGCAGAGUCCUCUGAGCAAACCCAUUUACAGCGAGUGCCUCGCCUAUCGAGCCGUAAUUUCCAUGGACAGAUACAUCGAGGCUUUUGGCGUGCCAGUCACACACUCCACGAUCCGUCUCGGGCCAAAGAAAUUCCUAAUCAAUUACCCAGUGUCCGGGGGAACACAAGUCAACUGUGUUGCUUUCAUGGACAAGUGCGGCUCAGGCGAAGAAUGGCCUCAUACCGAGUGGAUAAUUCCGAGCCAGAGAGAACAAUUAAGGCGAGACUUUCAAGGUUUCGGCCCAGGCGUGCAGAAGAUCUUAGAUGCGAUGGAACUCACCGAUCCCUCAGUCUGGGCUUUACACCAGCACUCCGCUCAGCCCGAUAGUUUUGUGGACAAUCUGGUGAUCCUCAUGGGCGACGCAGCGCACAGCAUGCUUCCACAUCUCGGGGCUGGAGCCAGCCAAGCAAUCGAGGAUGCAUAUGUCUUGGCGGAGACGCUUGCAAGCCCUACUUUACGAUGGGGUCCAGUGUCCGCAGAACCACUGCACGAAGCACUUACUGCGACGGAACAAGCUCGUAAACCUCGUUUCUCAGAGGUCCAGAGACUCUCGAAAGACAAUGGACGCAGAUUUCUCGAUUUUGUGGACGAAAAGCUAGAGCGACAAGCGUUGCAGGAGUGGCUUGACGAGUACGAGAGGCGUUUCGACUGGCUCUGGGAUUAUGAUGUGGCUGUCGAUGCUGUCAAAGCCAGGGAGCUGCUGGAGCAAUCGCUGCAGAAGACUGAGGACGUGAACAAGAGUUGA